CGCCAGCGCCCAAGACUGGCGCCAUGCUAUAUAAACACAGACGCACGUUUAGCCGCCCACACUGUCCUCGUUCACCGAAUCCUCGACGUCGGCCCGGAGGGAAAAUCCGAAACAAUGCGUGAGUGUAUUUCCAUGCAUGUUGGCCAAGCUGGAGCCCAGAUGGGCAAUGCCUGCUGGGAGUUGUACUGCCUGGAGCAUGGGAUCCAGCCAGAUGGUCAGAUGCCCAGUGACAAAACCAUAGGUGGAGGAGACGACUCUUUCAACACUUUCUUCAGUGAGACAGGGGCUGGCAAGCAUGUUCCCCGAGCUGUCUUUGUAGACCUGGAGCCCACUGUCAUUGAUGAGGUGCGCACAGGAACCUACCGCCAGCUCUUCCACCCAGAACAGCUAAUCACAGGGAAGGAAGAUGCUGCCAACAAUUAUGCCCGUGGUCACUACACUAUUGGCAAAGAGAUCAUUGACCUUGUGCUGGACCGUACCCGCAAACUGGCUGACCAGUGCACUGGGCUUCAGGGCUUCUUGAUCUUCCACAGUUUUGGUGGAGGCACUGGCUCUGGCUUCACCUCUCUGCUGAUGGAACGUCUGUCAGUCGAUUAUGGAAAGAAGUCCAAGCUGGAGUUUGCGGUGUACCCAGCACCUCAGGUUUCCACAGCAGUGGUGGAGCCUUACAACUCCAUCCUGACCACCCACACGACCCUGGAGCACUCCGACUGUGCUUUCAUGGUGGACAAUGAAGCCAUCUACGACAUCUGCCGUAGGAACCUCGAUAUUGAGCGUCCCACAUACACCAACCUCAACAGGCUCAUUGGUCAGAUCGUUUCCUCCAUCACAGCCUCCCUGCGCUUCGAUGGAGCCCUGAAUGUAGAUCUGACUGAGUUCCAGACCAACCUGGUGCCUUACCCUCGCAUUCACUUCCCUCUGGCUACCUAUGCCCCUGUGAUAUCUGCAGAAAAGGCAUACCAUGAGCAACUCUCUGUUGCUGACAUCACCAAUGCCUGCUUUGAACCAGCCAAUCAGAUGGUGAAGUGUGAUCCCCGCCAUGGAAAGUACAUGGCCUGCUGUCUCCUCUACCGUGGUGAUGUUGUGCCUAAAGAUGUUAACUCUGCCAUUGCUACCAUCAAGACCAAGCGUACCAUCCAGUUUGUGGACUGGUGUCCUACUGGCUUCAAGGUGGGUAUCAACUAUCAGCCCCCCACUGUUGUUCCUGGAGGAGACCUGGCCAAGGUGCAAAGGGCAGUGUGCAUGCUGAGCAACACCACAGCCAUUGCUGAAGCUUGGGCUCGUCUGGACCACAAGUUUGACCUGAUGUAUGCCAAGAGAGCCUUUGUCCAUUGGUAUGUCGGAGAGGGCAUGGAGGAGGGAGAGUUCUCAGAAGCCAGAGAAGACAUGGCUGCUCUGGAGAAAGAUUAUGAAGAAGUGGGCACAGACAGCGUUGGAGAUGAGGAGGAGGAGGGAGAAGAAUACUAAUGGCCAGAAUGGGAUUACUCUACUUCAUCAAGAGAAGACGACCAGAUAACCGCACAUUAUAUUUGCUGCAAGAAAAUGAAAUUGCUCAAAAUAUGAAUCAUUCCAUUUAAGUGCACAGUUCACCAGUUUAGUCUUAUCAUUCAUUUUAAAUAAAAGAAUAAAUCUGGC